CUUCUCCAUAUCCAUCUUUUCUUUCAUUUUUCCACUUGGCCGAGCCAUCCAGAGCCUUUUCAAUGUAUAAAAUGGAAUAUUCUUACCUCAAUUCCUCUGCCUACGAGUCCUGUAUGGCUGGUAUGGACACCUCCAGCCUGGCUUCAGCCUAUGCGGACUUCAGUUCCUGUAGCCAGGCCAGUGGCUUCCAGUAUAACCCCAUCAGGACCACUUUUGGGGCCACGUCCGGCUGCCCGUCCCUCACGCCGGGAUCCUGCAGCCUGGGCACCCUCAGGGACCACCAGAGCAGUCCGUACGCCGCAGUUCCUUACAAACUUUUUACCGACCACGGAGGCCUCAACGAGAAGCGCAAGCAGCGGCGCAUUCGCACCACCUUCACGAGCGCGCAGCUCAAGGAGCUGGAGCGCGUCUUCGCGGAGACGCACUACCCAGACAUCUACACGCGGGAGGAGCUGGCCCUAAAAAUCGACCUGACCGAGGCGCGGGUUCAGGUGUGGUUCCAGAACCGCCGCCCUCCGCCCUGA